GAAUUUAAAUAAUUUUCAAUCACAUACGAGGAAGAAAUAGAUUUAGCUAGAAGUUUGAUCUGGAACGGUCAAUGGUGUGUAGUUGAAUAGCUACUAGAAGGGAGAUUAGAAAAGAGGAACCAUGAGCAGCAAUCUGAGGGCAAUUUGUAAACCUCCUUAUCCAUUCUUCUCUUCAAUCACCAUUAGUUGCAGAUACUUUCAGGUCAAAUCGGCGGGUCAAUUUCCGGGUCGGAUCCCUAGCACCAAGCCUGCGGCUCUCUUGUCCGGGAGAGUUCAACCGUUGAAUGGAGCCAGUCAACGUCAUUUGAGGAGAGUGGUUACUAAUUCGUACAAUUGGGACAACUCUAAGUCUCCUUAUGAAACCCUCGGCAGUUUUACACCAUAUGCCCAACCCAAUUUUAUAAAUGCAGAGUUGGAAAGGGAUGCAGAUGAAGAGGAAAUAAAGGUGGCAUAUAGGCGUUUGGUCAAGUUCUACCAUCCAGAUGUUUAUGAUGGCAGUGGGACUCUUGAAGAUGGGGAAACUGCUGAGACUAGGUUCAUAAAGAUUCAGGCGGCAUAUGAGUUGCUGCUAGAUAAUGACAAACGGAGAGUAUAUGACACUGAAAAUCGGGUGGACCCUUUAAAGGCAUCACAAGCAUGGGUGGAAUGGCUUAUGCAAAAGCGGAAAGCAUUUGACCAAAGGGGCGAUAUGGCCAUCGCAGCGUGGGGUGAACAGCAGCAGCGUGAAUUAAAUCUUAAAGCACGUCGCCUUGCACGGUCAAAGGUGGACCCUGAAGAGGAGAGGAAAAUAUUGGAAAAAGAAAAGCAUAUGUCGUUGGAGAAUGCUAACAACACAUUGAGGCGGCAUACCCUUGUGUUACGGAAGAGGGACAUAGUGCGAAGAAAAUCAGAAGAUGAGAAAAGGAUGAUCAUCAACCGGCUACUUGCAGCAGAGGGGCUUGAGCUUGAAGAAGAAGAUGAUAAAAUAUUAUAGAACAUAUAUAUACACCUUGACUAAUGAGGCGCGUGUAUACUUUCUUGGUAUAUUAUUAUUGUACAAAAAUAUGAAAGCUGUAUAUACGGCUGUCCUUUGUUUCUUCCUAUCAUGAAAUCUUUUACCCCAUGUUGUAAAUAGGACGAGUGAUCGACCCGGCCAAGAUGUCUGCUCGGUCAACGCUGGGUCAAUCUUGUUAACAUUGAUUAAAAAGUAAAAAACGAAGUAUUUACUGAACUGG